GCUCCCGCGGCUGCAGGCGCGCGGCGAGAGUGCCCAGCGGGCUCCAGCUUCAGCGUCUUCCCCAGCCCCGGCUCCGAUCGCAGCACUGCUCCCCGCGCUGCCGCGGCCCACCGAGCCCUACCGGCAGUCGAAUCCCCAGCGACGCCGGCAGAGCUCCGGGUGCCCGCGCGGGGGACCAUGCCGUGCCGGAGAGAGGAGGAAGAGGAAGCCGGCGAGGAAGAGGAGGAGGAGGAGGAGGAGGAGGAGGACAGCUUCCUCCUACUGGAACAGUCGGUGACGCUGGGCGGCUCGGGCGAGGUGGACCGGCUGGUGGCCCAGAUCGGCGAGACGCUGCAGCUGGACGCCGCUCAGGACCACCCUGCCUCCCCGGGCGCUCCCCCGGGACCGCCGCUGCAGCCCCCGCGGCCCCUGGCAGCCGUGAGAGCGGAGAAGGCCCUGGCCACAGCUCUGCCGCCGCUUCUGCCGCCCGGGUCGGCGGAGGCUGGGGGCCCGGCGCCCCCGGGGGCCCUGCGCUGCCCCCUCGGGGAUCGCGGCCGCGUGCGGGGCCGGACUGCUCCCUACUUUGUGGCCGAGCUUGCCACAGGCCCCAGCGCUCUGUCCCCAUUGCCCACUCAGCUUAGCCUUGAUGGACCCUCGGGAGCGGACAAGCGGGGUGCCCCGCAGCCGCUGUCGGGCCCGUGCCGGCGAGGAUGGCUGCGGGGUGCCGCCGCCUCCCGCCGCCUGCAGCAGCGACGUGGGCCCCAGCUUCAAGCUCGCACCGGCGAUGAUGACCCGCACCGGCUUCUGCAGCAGCUCGUACUCUCGGGGAAUCUCAUCAAGGAGGCGGUGCGGAGGCUUCAUUCGCGACGGCUGCAGUUACACGCAAAGCUUCCCCAACGCCCGCUCCUUGGCCCUCUGUCGGCCCCGGUGCAUGAGCCCCCUUCGCCCCGCAGCCCUCGCGCGGCCUGCAGCGACCCUGGCGCGUCCGGGAGGAGGACGCAGCUCAGAACUGGCGACGGCGUUCUAGUCCCCAGCAGCUAACACCCCGGGUGUGGCCUCAGCCCCAGCCUUUGCCUGGAGGGCAAGGGGUUCCCCUGAGGGCUGCAUCCCUACUCAGACUGGCGAACUCGCGCUUUUGAAAGCGGGGAGAUAACUCAUGAAGACGAGGAAUCAAAAAAUAGCGAAUAUUUUCGCGGGGAACUGAGGUCGAAGGGCCAGAUGUGGUUGAAAAGUAGGAUUUAGUUGGUCCAACUUAACGCAAUUUACAGAGCCCACUCCAAGCUCACAGUCAAUAGGACUCCUUAUUUGGCGUGACCAGUCCUGGUGGCACGGCGUGCGGUUCCACGCAGCCUCUCAGGGUCCUCUGGCCCAACGACCAUGUCGCCACAGCCCACGAUUCUCAGGGUCGCCGAGCACCUGAACGCGGGGGAUGACCUCAGUUCCUUGAUUUACCUUUCUAGGGCUGGUUCCUGAUCCACUUUGGGGAAGGGGAACACGAGUAGAUAAUUUCAGAGUACCUCAAACUGCCAGACUUGAACAUUUACGACACUUAAAACUCAUCUCGUGUGUUUUGGGGUGCUGGUUCCUAAUCUAAAAACACGCGGCACCGGGAAAAGGACUCUUUCGGAAAUUGAAUAGGAGUAACCUUUUCUCCGCCGCCACUUAGCAGCGGCAGAGGUUCUCAGAGCGGUGGGGGAAGGGGGUUGCGUCCGGGAUGCUGAGGUGAGGUGGGGGUGAGCGGUGCUGGGGAAAAGGGAGGGCGAGGCGCGGAGUGAACCCUCAGUCCUCUCAAAAGUGUAUUUUCGCAGCCUGACCGCCCCUCCUUGGGUUCAAGGUCACUGUUUCCUGGGCGCACGUGAGAUUGCGGGGCUCCAGCAGGGCAGAGAGUUGCCUGGUUCCGCCUGUACUCGGGGUAGAGCGCGGUGUUUUGCAAGUGCUGAAGUCUCCUGAGGACACGCGUACCCGCUGCCACCGCGUGUGUAGGGAGUCGGCGACGCGCUUGGCUCUGGUGCCUCCGGCGGACGGCCGCGCCCCGAGUUAUCACGGAAACUGCCCGGAGACAGGGCCUCGGGUACCUCCUCUUCCCCUCGGCCUUACUGUACUACUCAAGCUGGUGGCGCUGGCGCUCCUGGGGGCCCAGGCUGGAGGCUGGGGAGACGCCACGUGACGGGGCACUCCAGGGACACACAGCCUAGCGCAGCAGCUUAUAAUGGGCUCUCGGGGCCGUUUGCAAUAACAGCUGCAAUUCCCUGGGUAGAUGGAGUUGAUUUCCUCCUCUGCCCCUCCCCCAGCCAUGCCAGCUCGCCUUUGUAAGCGAAGGAAACCGAGUAGAAAAUGUGACCCUCCAAAUGGAGAAGCUGCGGGCUUUGCCAUUGUGAACCUGGGGAAGUGCUUGGGACAUAACUGUUCCCUUAGUCCCGAAGGGUCCAAGACCAUAUUGUUGGUGUUUUAGUUUAAGAUUCAAUGGCGUGUUCAUCAUCCAGAUGUGGCUAUUGACCUACCUACACUUCGCACCGGAGUGUCUGGAAUCGUGGCUAUCCUGAUUAUAGGAUGUUAAGUUAACUGAAAUAUCUGUUUUUAAUAAAUGCGUUGGAUUUUU